UCUGCUAUCUGUCUCAAUUGUCAAACAUUCAAUCCUCAUCUUUUUGGAGCUUCAGGGAAGGGAAGAAAGCAAGGAUUUUUCUGGGUUCUAAAUCCAUGGGUCUUUCCCUGCAACACCAGAUUUUUAAUCAUGGAAACACCAUGGAAAUGGUUAUUGUAAGGUCUGGAAGAGAUGAUGGUUCUCAUGAACCAAAGCUUGAAUCAUCGAACAAACCGAAUAGAAUCAUUAUACCAAGGAAACCCACCAUCAGUCCCCCUGAACCGGUGGUGUUCUUUUCCCCAAGGCCUGUGACCGAGCUUGAUUCUGCAGCAACUAAGCUUCAGAAGGUCUACAAAGGGUAUAGGACAAGAAGGAACCUUGCUGAUUGUGCUGUUGUGGUUGAGGAGCUCUGGUGGAAAACCUUGGAUUCUGCAGCAUUAAGAAGGUGCUCGAUUUCGUUUUACGACAUCGAAAAACAAGAAACUGUGAUAGAUAAGUGGUCAAGGGCCAAAACAAGGGCUGCCAAGGUAGGAAAGGGUUUGUCUAAGGAUGAAAAGGCUCAAAAACUAGCCCUGCAACAUUGGCUUGAAGCUAUCGACCCGCGCCAUCGAUAUGGACACAAUUUACACUUCUACUAUGAUGUCUGGUCUGAAAGCAAGAGCACACAACCUUUCUUCUACUGGUUGGAUAUCGGUGAUGGCAAAGAACUAAGCCUUAAGAAGUGUCAACGAACCGAUCUACAACGGCAAUGCAUUGAAUAUCUUGGACCAAAAGAGAGGGAAGCGUUCGAAGUGAUUGUCAUUAGUGGAAAGCUUGUUUACAAGCAAUCUGGAAUACUCGUUAACACCGGUGAUGAAUCCAAGUGGAUUUUUGUACUUAGCACAUCGAGAUCCUUGUACGUUGGGCAGAAGAAGAAGGGCAUUUUUCAGCACUCGAGUUUCCUUUCCGGUGGGGCUACGACUGCAGCCGGAAGAUUGGUGGUUUCUCAGGGAGUUCUUGAGGCUAUUUGGCCGUACAGUGGUCAUUACCUCCCAACUGAAGAUAAUUUCAAGGAAUUCAUUCUUUUCCUUGAGGAACACAAUGUAGAUUUGACCAAUGUUAAGAGAUGUGCUGUAGACAAUGACUACACCUCAUACAAAGUCCCUGCCGGUGAAUCCAAGCAUGGUGAGAUCGAAGAUCCAAGGGAAACAGCUAUUCUUCAAAGUGGCAAUGGAAAGAGUGCAGCCAAUGCGGAAGCACCGGCAUUCAACAUGGCUAACCGUUUGUCUUGCAAGUGGUCGAGCGGGGUCGGUCCGCGUAUUGGUUGUGUUAGAGACUACCCAAUGGAGCUGCAAUCUCAGGCAUUGGAACAAGUUAACUUAUCUCCGAGACCCGCGCAUGGUCGCAUCAGAAACUGCGGUCCAAUACCUUCACCGAGACCGAGCCCCAAAAUUCGAGUCUCGCCCAGGCUUGCUUACAUGGGACUCCCUAGUCCAAGGGUGUCAGCAUUGGCCAGUAAUUGAAAGCUUUAUGAGCAGUUCUUGUGCCUACAAUUUUGCAGCAAAUAGGUGAAUGGGAAGGGAUCUAACUGAACAUUCUUUGUUCUUUGAUUUGUUUAAUUUGCUAUUUCGAUCAAUUCUUUAU